GUGUCAUUUCCCGGUAUCCGUCACAGCGCUUCCUGUCCGUCACCAUCCGGGACCGCGGAGCUGACACUCUAAUCAAGCCAUGUACCCGGUCAGCAGCUCCCAGACAGCGCAGGCACUUGUCACCUUCGAUGAUGUCGCGGUGUAUUUCACGAAGGAAGAAUGGGGUUAUCUGGAUGGGACACAGAAAUCGCUUUACAAAGACGUGAUGAAGGAGAAUUAUCAGUUGAUCUUGUCUCUCAGCCGUCCGGACAUUAUAUCUAGUAUUGAACUGGGACAUGAGCCUUAUAUCAGUAGCCCCGGUGAUGAUCUGGAGUGUGACUGGCAGGGUGCACAGUACAAUAACCAGCAGGAAGUAGAGAUCACAUGCGUGCCAGGAGACCUACUUCAUCAAACCACCGUGGAAGAUAUCCCCAACAGAACAAAGCAGAGACAAAGCCGAUAUCCAAGAGUAAACCCAUUACGGUGGUUAAAGAGAGAGAAGAAAACGAAAAGUAUGAGGAGACGAUCGCGGAGAGAUCUAAGCAGGUCCAGGGUAAACCGAUCUGACAUGGCCUUUAAUACCGAGGAUGGAAAGGAGGUAUCUCAAGUUUCUGGUGCUGAUUUUACUGACGAACAAACCUUAGACCAUGAGACCACCAGCAAUGUUCCUGAGAAGCCAUCACAGUCCUCUGAUCAGACUGAGCAAUCAAGCACACUGACUCCCAGUCUAAACAUUUGUCCAUCUGAGGAGACUGUGCCUCAGACAGGCUUGGCCCAAGAUGACCUGGGUGAAAUGCAGGAUAUGCGUUAUAAAGACAAGGAAACUGUCCAGACCACAAACCUCAACGUGUUAUCCACUCAGAAAGAAGGUGCUGAUACGUCCGGUCUCCCUAGAGAGACUGGGAAACAAGUGGAAGAUACACGAGUUGCCCAGAAUAAGGAUUCAGUCCCACAAUUGCAAGCUAACCAUGACUUUAAAUCACAUUGGGAGGAAGACCCAUUGAAAAUUGCAAAGGAUAGCCUUACACAACACAAGGAGGCUAAAACAAACUGCCCACUUUUUAAUCCAGAAGGGAAAACCCCUCUGGGUGAAACUGCACAGGACCUGGACAUCUCUCUGCCUCGAAAGCAAAGUAAGGAAAAGGGAAUCAGAUCUGCCACUAUUAAAAAGGACAAGCGACUGCGUGGGGAGAGACAUGUUCGCUUUAAUGAGGUUGUCACCAUGUUUAUUAUUGAACCACGCAGAGAUAAAAGACGGUCUAUGGAGGAUGAAAUGGGACUUGUUCUCCGAAGCAGAAGUCUGCAGCAACAUUCCUCAAAUACAGAACCCAGAAAAACGAGAGUCAUGCAAAGCCCAGCUCAGGAAGAUAUGUUUACACGGUCUCAAAGAUCAAGUCUCUCUCAGGUUCUCACUGACAAUACCCCAUACCUGAGGAAGAGGAAUGCAGGUAUCCAUACUGAAACCCAGGAAAGUCACAGUCUACAGAAAAGAACCAAGAUCUCUGUGAGUCUUGUUAAAGCAAAUGAAACGUACAAGCAGAAGUCAAGUGAGCAAUCCAGACAUGAAUUUUGUCCAUUUAAACAUAAGGAAGAGCACAACAAACCUAUAACACAGCCUCUGUCGCUGGAGCAGGUUUGUAAUGUAACCGAGCUGGUAUCAAGAACAGCAGAAACUGAAUGUGCUUCUCCGACAAGCAUGGCAGUGACUCCUCCUACAGAGGAAGUAAGCGUUCUGUUCAGUGAGUGUGCUAGCAAGACUGGAGCUGAGCAAGCAUGCGGGGUUAGCAAGACAAUGGCUAAUCACACAAAAAGAGCUAGCAAGAGGGACCGUGAUCAUGCAGUCCGGGAUUACAAGGCAGAUAGUGAGCUUGCAAACAGGAGAGAGGAAGCAAACCAAGCUAGCAAGGGGGCGACUGAGCGCACGGCCGGCGCUAGCAAAGGGGCGACUGAGCGCACGGCCGGGGCUAGCAAGGGGGCGACUGAGCGCACGGCCGGCGCUAGCAAGGGGGAGAACAGGGUUAUCAGGCCAGGGACUAAGCAUGCCAAGAAGAAUAGCAAGGGGGAGACUGAGUCUGCUAAAGCGUAUACCAAGACAGAAACAAAGCACACAAAAGGGGCUAACAAAGGGGUGAUUGAGUCUGCAAAUAAUACUAGCAUAGUGGGCACUGAGAAUGCAAAUAUUGACGAUGAACUUGAAACAUGGGUGAGUAAGGCACCAGCUGAGCGCACCCUGAGCCCUGGCAAGGCACCAGCUGAGCGCACCCUGAGCCCUGGCAAGGCACCAGCUGAGCGCACCCCCAGCCCUGGCAAGGCGCAGACUAAGCGCACCCCCAGCCCUGGCAAGGCGCAGACUGAGCGCACCCCCAUCCCUGGCAAGGCGCAGACUGAGCGCACCCCCAGCCCUGGCAAGGCGCUGACUGAGCGCACCCCCAGCCCUGGCAAGGCGCUGACUGAGCGCACCCCCAGCCCUGGCAAGGCGCUGACUGAGCGCACCCCCAGCCCUGGCAAGGCGCUGACUGAGCGCACCCCCAGCCCUGGCAAGGCGCUGACUGAGCGCACCCCCAGCCCUGGCAAGGCGCUGACUGAGCGCACCCCCAGCCCUGGCAAGGCGCUGACUGAGCGCACCCCCAGCCCUGGCAAGGCGCUGACUGAGCGCACCCCCAGCCCUGGCAAGGCGCUGACUGAGCGCACCCCCAGCCCUGCUAUCUGGACUAGCAACAAGGUGCCUGUCUCUCCAACUAUGACUAGCAAGACCGAGGCUAUAGAGACUGAGACUACCAAGCAGGCUAGUAGGGCUACUACUAGUGGAAUCCUCCAAAAACACAAAAAUGGGAAACUUCCUUCCAUGGAUAAUUUUAGUAGGAAAAUCAAUACCAAGCCAUUUCCUAGCUCACCUAAAAUCAACACCAGGCACUUAAACAAAGAGGAUCCCAGUCCAGCCAAAUCUGUGGUUAAACAAAACUCUAACCGCUGUUUCAGUGCUAAGAAUAAGAAGAAAUCAUCAAAUAACAACAUGACAUAUAAUGAUGUGAGGGGGCAGUCAGGUGCUUCCAGCACAGUCAAACUGCAAACCAAAACACAGGAAGUUGGUUUCCAUCAUUUUAUUGAGAAGGAAACCCCGGCCCUGACCAGCCAUGAGAGAAAGAAAUGGUUUUCAAGCAGCAAAUGUGGAAAACUGACCUUCUGUGCAAAGCCUAAAAGCCCCCCCAGAUUGACGGUGGAGAGUGAAGCCUGGAGCAAAUCGAAAGAAGGAUUUGAUUGUUUAGACAGUUGUGCAUUGAAACCAGAACAUCAAGGCUGCAGCACAAACCGUAAUCCUGAGAAAGCCAAAGCUCCUGAUUCUACAGGUGUCAAAGCCAGUCCUCAGAAUAUCCCCAUUGGAAGUAAAGAUCAGACUAAUGUCCGCAUCAGUGGUGGAGAACAUCAUAUUGUGGAUACCAGUCCAGUUACAACUGUUGAAAAACAUGCAAACCAAUCAGAGUCACAAAAUCUCCACAUCACGGAUAAAGCAGCCAUGUGCAUUGACUGUUUGGGAUGUUCCAAGAAUGAGACGGGUGACCAGAAAAAUCCAGACCCACAAGUUCAUAAUAAUAAACUGUCCAGUGACAGCCCAGCAGCACCAAAAAAUAAAAUGAAAAACUCAAGAAGUCUCCCUAGCAGUGUUGCUGACCCACUCAUAGCAGCAACGCCGCAGGAAGUUAAGACCAGCAUAAGGAAAGCUAAAAAACGCAUUGUGGAAUUUAAUAACGAGGAGACAGGUGACACAAGUCCAUGUAAGACAAAUCAAAGGUUUGAUCAAAAAAAGAAAGUAGAAGUUGUCAAACACGGGCCAGAUUCACCUACUGAGCAUUCUGGAGAUAAUUCUUGUGUGUGCAUCAAAUGUGGAAAAUGCUUAGAUAAAAAUAACAAAAAAAAUACUAUCACACCAGAAACCAAAGGUGUUUUACGUGUAAAAAAGCGUAGGAAAGGCUUUUUAGUUAAAGAACCCUACAAAUGCAAAGAGUGUGGAAAAAUCUUUACCCGUCAUUUCACCCUUCUUCAGCACCAAAGCAUUCACACGGGUGAGAAACCCUUCUCUUGUCAAGAGUGUGGGAAAAAAUUCAGAGACAAUAACAGUCUUAAAAGUCACAUGCGAUCACACACAAAAGAAAAACCCUAUGCGUGUUUAGAAUGUGGGAAGAGAUUUAGCCAGCCAUCAUCUGUUGUUGUCCAUCAGAGAACACAUACUGACGAGAGACCCUACCAAUGCGAUGAUUGUGGCAAAAGCUUCAGUGAUCGAUCCACAUACAGACACCACUUGAGAAUCCACACUGGGGAGAAACCUUUCUCCUGCUCGUACUGUGGGAAGAAGUUUACUCAACUCGCACACGUUCAGAGACACGAAAAAAUUCACACUGGAGAACGACCUUUUGGGUGUACAGUGUGUGGCAAGAGGUUCAUUGAUCGGUCGAAGCUCAUCAAACAUGAACUAAUACACAAAAGAGGCAAUGACUGAAUUAAAGUUUAUAGACAUUGAUGAAUAGAAUAUGCAGUGGAGCUGAUCUGCAUUCAACAUACAGAACAUUGUAGAAGUCGUAUAAAAAUAGAUGUGAUUUUGGCUCAGGGCACCACUUGCUAAGUGAGACACCAAGCACCUUUUACUCCAAGAA